AUUGCUAAACAGUGCCGCUGCACGGCAAAGAGCGCCAUAGGUUACAACUCUCAGUUCACAAUGCAGGCAGGUCGUUUGCUGAAUGUGUUGAUACUGGCUACGUUCGCCAUACUGAAGACAUGCGGCAGAACAACCCAGAGCCCGUGUGACAUUAACAAUGGUCAGUGCAGUGACUUUUGUGUCCCGUAUCCAAACUACCAAAUACCGUACGACGAUCUUCCUUCUGGAUACUACUGCGCAUGUCCUAGUAGGAAAAUGACAUUCAGGGGGACUCUUUGUUUGCCACGAAACCAUCCCUGUUUUAAUAACCGCAAUUGCAGAAACUCUGAAAAAUGUGUCCCCACGGGAAGCCGAGACGGACACGGUUACAGAUGCGACUGUAGGGAGAGCUAUAUUCCCAGAGAAAAUGGAAUCGGAUGCCGGCUUGCCCCUGUGAGACGCACUACGCCAGCACAGACUACGGAAGACGGGGGCCAACGACGGACUCUCAGGACCAGAAUAACCCCAGCACCUGUCUUCACUAAUCUAACCACACCUGCGCACACCGCGGCACCUCACCCUUGUGACGUCAACAAUGGCGACUGUGAGCACAUGUGUAGGAGAACAUCAUCGACGAUACGUGUCUGCGAGUGUCGUCUAGGUUAUAGGCUGUACACCGACGGUGUAUCAUGCGAGGAAGCAGAUCCUUGUGAAGACAAUGGCGGGUGCAGUGACGUCUGCAUAGCUAACUGGCCUUCUCGCACGUGUGGCUGCCGUGUUGGUUACAAGCUUGACGGUGACCAAAAGACGUGCAUAGAUGUGGACGAAUGUUGGGUGGGGACUACCCAGUGUGAACAGGAUUGUAUUAACGUACCUGGGUCUUUCCGCUGUGCAUGCCAACGUGGAUAUAGCUUGAAACAAGGAAAAAGAUGUGAAGCCCUGAGCCCGUGUGACAUUAACAAUGGUCAGUGCAGUGACCUGUGUGUCCCGUAUCCAAACUACAGAAUACCGUACGACAAUCUUCCUUCUGGAUAA